AUGGAAACGCUGUCCUUUCUCCGCAAGGUCUACGACCUCGACACGCUCGACACGCGAUUCACCAGCUCCUCCGCCGCCCCCUACCAGACCGUCAUCGAUGCCCGCAGCGAUGCCGCAACGAGCCGCGAGUCGGCGGCCAAGGCCCAGGCCCGGGCGCAGCCCCCCAUGUGGCGGACGCCCGAGUUCUACCUCUACUACCUCGUCUUCGCCCUGGCCGUCCCGUACAUGUUCUGGACCGCGUACCAUGUUUCGCGACCAUCGGACCCGCGAUACCACAAGUACGAACGCUUCCUGUCCGACGGCUGGAUCCCCGGACGCAAGGUCGACGUGUCGGAUCCCCAGUACCACACCUUCCGCGAGAACCUCCCUUACAUGGGCGCGCUCCUCGUCCUGCAUCCACUGCUGAGGCGGGCCUGGAACGCAAUCUACCCGUCGUCUGGCCGCCGCGCCUCUUCGAGCGGCCAGGGGCGGCUUGAGCAGCGCGCCUCGUUCGACUACGCCUUUGCCCUCUUCUUCCUCGUCGCCCUGCAUGGCGUUUCGGCCUUCAAGGUUCUCUUGAUCCUCCAUGUCAACUUCCAGAUUGCCAAGAAGCUGCCGCGCAGGUACAUUCCCGCGGCGACGUGGGCGUUCAACAUCUCGACCCUCUUUGCCAACGAGCUCUGCGAGGGAUACCGCCUGCAGCCCCUGGCCACCCGCUUUGCGCCGGCCGACUCGGCCCUGGUCCAGUGGGGCGCGUGGCUCGACGGCUACGGAGGGCUCGUGUCGCGAUGGGAGGUGCUCUUCAACAUUAGCGUCCUGCGCCUCAUCAGCUUCAACAUGGACUAUUACUGGAGCAUCGACAAGCGCAGCAGCAACUCCUUGGAGAAGAAGCAACUGGACCCAGCCAACCUGUCGGAGAGAGACCGCAUCUCCCUUCCGGCCGACGUCGGGGACUUUACCUUUCGCAACUACGUGGCGUAUGCUGUGUACGCGCCCCUGUACCUGGCCGGGCCCAUACUGACCUUCAACGACUACAUCGCGCAGCUCAAGCACCGGUGCGCCAGCAUUGAACGUCCCCGCACGAUCCGCUACGCCGUCCGGUUCGUGCUCGUGCUGCUGGCCAUGGAGCUGGUGCUGCACUACGAUUACGUCGGGGCUAUCAGCAAGGCCAGCCCGGUGUGGAGCGAGUACACGGCGGCGCAGCUGAGUCUGCUGUCCUUUUUCAACCUCCACAUCAUCUGGCUGAAGCUGCUCCUCCCGUGGCGCAUGUUCCGCCUGUGGGCGCUCGUCGACGGCAUCGACCCGCCCGAGAACAUGGUUCGCUGUGUGAGCAACAACUACAGCACGCAGCUCUUCUGGCGCGCCUGGCACCGCUCGUAUAACCGCUGGCUCAUCCGGUACCUGUUCAUCCCGCUCGGCGGGGCCUCGUUCCGCAACUGGCGGGCCGUGGCCCAGUCAAUCGUGUCGUACCUACUGGUCUUUAGCUUUGUCGCCCUCUGGCACGACAUUCAGCUGCGGCUGCUCAUCUGGGGCUGGCUCAUUGUGCUGUUCAUGGUGCCAGAGUGGACGGCGAGCUACUUGUUCCCCAAGAGGAAGUGGGAGAGCCGGCCGACGGCAUAUCGCAUGCUGUGCUGCGUCGGCGCGGUGGCCAACGUGAUCAUGAUGAUGGCGGCGAAUCUGGUUGGGUUUGCCGUCGGCCUGGACGGGCUGGAGAGCAUUGUCAGGGCGAUUCUACACGACUGGUCUGGCCUCCUGUUCCUGGUUGUGGCCUGCUCGUGCCUGUUUGUGGGGGUCCAGGUUAUGUUUGAGAUUCGGGAGGCGGAGAAGAGGAAGGGCGUGACGCUUAAAUGUUGA